CCUUUGAAAUUUUGUCAACAUUGAGGUGCUGUUCUCAUAAAUUUCCAUUUUUUCACUUGUUUUUCGUUGAAAAUUCAAUAAAUAAUGGCAGCAACUCGUUCAACAAUGCUUUUGGGCAAAGUCUGGCCCUGUGUCAAAAAGAAUGCUGCCAAAAUUAAGGUGAAAAAGAUGGUUCUGGAUCAGAAUUUGAACAUGUACUUCAAUGAGCAUCAAUACAUCUUCGCACAUGAUCCCCAAAAGAUUUGCAAGACCGGUGAUAUUGUCUUAAUAAAGGAGUUACCAAAGAAAUUGACGACAUUAAUAACGCACUCCGUCGAAAAAAUCGUCUUUCCAUUGGGAGACAUCACAGAUCCGAUCACAGGCAAGAAAGUCGUCGUCGGCAAGUAUCGCGACGAAAUCGAAGAGAAAAAUAAGCUCUUCGGGAAGAAAGAAACUGCGUAUGAUUACGAAAAACAACCUCCCAGAGGUCGUUUGGAAGGCAUUCGGGACUUUACGGAUAAGCCAACUUACAUCAAAUACCACGACGAUGGCAAGGAACAUCCUUAUGCGAAGUAA